ACAGUUGCCUCGUUGGCUUAUACUCCUUAUUGUUAAACUCUCUGUCCUUCCAAAUGACAAUUGUUUUCAUCUCCUAAUCCUGAAAUCCAGUCGAAUUAUUCAACUUGCUUCCACAAGAAACCCUGUAAUUCAUCCCCAAUUUCUGAUCAGAUAAUCACUAAUUCAACACACACAAACAUCACUUCAUCCCACUUCUUUGACUUCACUUAUUCCAUCUCCUUCUUUCUAGGGAUUCUUGUCUCAAUUUCAUGUCGUUUCUUGUCUGAUUUCGAUUCGUGUUGAUGGAAAGAAUCGGUGUGAGCGUCGAUAAUUCUGAUCACUCAUCUAGGGUUAGGGUUACGACUUCGUCUUCUUCGUUUCCGGUAAUUCGAUUUCUACAAUCACCUGUAACUACAGUUUUAGAAUACUCUGGUGUUCUUAGACCUAGGUCAAACAGCUAUGAAUCAGAGACUUUGAUGCGUGAUCACCUUCACGCCAGUAAUUCGGAUACGGUUAGUGGUGGUAAUCAGGAGGUUUCUAUCAGGAUAAUUGGUGAAGAAGGAGAAGAACCAGUGAGUGCUGGAGAUGGUGGUGGUGGAGGAGGAGGAGACACUGGAAUGGCUGAUUUCGCUGCGGAGAAUGGGAGUGGUAACUAUUUUACGUAUCAAGGACAGCGGUAUAAUAUGCAGCAGGUUUCGAGGUGGAUGGCGCAGUUUGUUCCGUUUUAUUUGUUGUUGUUGAUUGUGUUUAUCAGACAGCAUUUGCAAGGUUUCUUCGUCACGAUUUAUGUAAUUGCUUUUUUGUUCAAGUCUAAUGAUAUUCUUCAAAAGCAGACGGCAUUGAAGGGGGAGAGAAGACUAUCGGUUCUUGCGGGUUAUUUUGUAGUUUUUGCGCUUCAAGUGAUUGGAGUUUAUUGGUGGUACAAAAAUGAUGAUCUUUGUUAUCCUUUAUUCAUGGUUCCACCAAGAGCAAUACCACCAUUCUGGCAUGCUAUAUUCAUGAUCAUUGUGAAUGAUACAAUAGUGAGGCAGGCAGGAAUGGCUAUUAAGCUGUUAUUGCUUGUGUAUUAUAGAAAGGGCAAGGGUCCUGCUUUUCGUAGACAGGGUCAAAUGCUGACACUAGUCGAGUAUGCACUGCUGUUAUACCGUGCGUUCUUACCUGCUCCCAUCUGGUACCGUUUUUUCCUAAACAAAGAAUACGGGAGCCUCUUUUCGUCUUUGAUAACAGGGUUAUAUCUUACCUUCAAGCUUACAUCAAUAGUUGAGAAGGUUCGAUCUUUGUGGGCUGCAUUCAAAGCGUUAUCACGAAAGGAAGUCCAUUAUGGAUCAUAUGCAACACCGGAACAGGUAAUUGAAGCAGGAGACUUGUGUGCUAUUUGUCGGGAAAAGAUGCAAGUACCAGUGUUGUUGCGUUGUAAACACAUAUUCUGUGAAGAUUGCGUUUCAGAAUGGUUUGAAAGAGAGAGAACAUGCCCGUUAUGUAGAUCUGUGGUGAAACCAGCAGGUAUACGCUCAUUCGGGGAUGGGUCUACAAGCCUCUUCUUCCAGUGGUUCUAAAAUUGGAGAUUUCUCGGUGUUUUCUUGACACCAUUUUGCGGUGGAUCUCUGUUUGGUUCAGUUCUAAUUUCUCACUUCAUUCCUCAAAUACCCAACUUAUAACCUUCUUAUAGCAUUAACUAGUUCUUGAACCUCUAAUGAGCCUAUAUUGAUACAUAUUGUACAUAAAAAAUACUAGCUUCAUGCAUCUUGUUAAUAUUGUUAAAAUGAAUUUUGAAACUUGGAAUCUUAUUAAUCUGUAGCAGUGUUGACAAAA